CAGUACAGUACAUGCCUUGGUGAAAAUUAAUUAGACUUUUAAACUUCAAGCUUUGCAUUCAAGUCCUCCGCAACAUCUGUAAUCCCCAUUAUAUAAUGCACAGUUCCUGGCAUCAUUGCAUCAACCUGAGAUUUUAUUCUGGCACUAAAUAGUAAAUAAUUAGUGUGAGGGGCUUGUUGGCAGCGAAGGUGCGGAGUGUAUGGUAAGUCUUCGGGUUAAUUAGAGAGCUAUUAGGAGAGCAGUAGAGCACCUAAAGAGAAUUUUAUGCACAAUGAUUCUUUUAAAAUUUGAGUUUGUUGGUUUUUCUAGAGAGAGACUGUACAAUGGUAACAUAUUGGCUGUGGCUGAAUAACCUUGAUGUUUUUUUUGUAUUUUUUUUCAUCAUGUUGCAGAAAUUGGAUGAGGUGUUUCUGAAACAGCGCAUUGUGCUCCAUUUCCCAGGACUGCCUGCUCUUGAGUUCACGCCGCCGGCGGUAUUCCAAGACAUGACAGACUGUGUGAGCCGAAUAUUUAACUUUGUCAAGUGGGACCGAGAAAUCUUCCCGCCCAAGAAUCGUCACUUUACGGCAGUAUACGCCCGAGACAAAGAUUACCUUUGGUCUGAGAGGCCCCCCAAGGUGGUCCUUAAGCCCUGCCUCGCUGCGCACCCUAGAUUCAGUAUCACAGAGGAAUUUUUCACAGCAUCCAUUCGUAGCCGAAUAGUUGACUUCAUCUUGAGAAGAAAGAAAUUUAAAGAUUCAGAUGAUGACGAUUUUGCAUUUGGCAUCGAGAAACUACUGAAUGAGAGCACCUACGCUGCAGCUUAUCCCAUUCAUGAGGGAGACCUGCACGAAGGUGACAACGAGCGCUCGCUCCUUUACAACCACUGGGCCGCCGUGAGGAACUUCUACAAGUAUCAGCCUUUGGACUAUGUCAAGGACUAUUUUGGAGUGAAGAUUGGCCUCUAUUUUGCCUGGCUUGGCUUCUACACAUAUAUGCUGAUUCCUGCAUCAAUUGUUGGCCUCUUUUGCUUCUUGUACGCCGUCUCCACUGUCAAUGAUCAUCCGCCCAGUAAUGACAUCUGCAACAACUACCUGAAUAUCACCAUGUGUCCAUUGUGUGAUCACUUCUGUGACUACUGGAGCCUCGAGGAAACCUGCUUCCAUGCCCGAUUUACGUACUUGGUUGACAACCCGGCUACUAUCUUUUUCACAGCUUUCAUGUCUCUCUGGGCUGCCUUGUUUUUGGAGAUGUGGAAAAGAUACUCUGCUGAGAUCACGCACCGCUGGGACCUUACUGGCUUUGACAUACAAGAAGAACAUCCCCGACCCCAGUACCUUGCACGUCUUUCCCACAUCAAAAAGAAAACAGUGAAUAUUGUUACCAAAACCCUAGAACCACGACCUCCAUUCUGGAGAAUGAGAUUCCCUGGAGUGAUGAUCAGCUUGUCUACUGUGUUCUUGCUGGUGACAAUGGCUUUAGUAGCCGUGAUGGCCGUAAUUCUGUAUCGGAUGUCGGUGUUGGCCGCUCUGAGUAUCCACGGAGACUCGGUCAUAACAUCUCAUGCCAUCAUCUUCACGUCCACCACCGCAGCCUUCAUCAACUUGAUCUGUAUCAUGAUAUUUAACCAGAUUUAUGCGCAAGUGGCAGAGAAGCUCACAGAGUUGGAGCUGCAGCGGACCCAAACCGAAUUUGAUGACUCUCUCACGCUCAAGAUUUACAUGCUGCAGUUUAUCAACUAUUAUUCGUCUAUAUUCUAUAUAGCAUUCUUCAAAGGCAAGAUGGUAGGAUACCCCGGGGACUACAACAGAGUGUUCGGCUCCCGUCAAGAAGAGUGCUCACCUGGCGGGUGCCUGUUGGAACUGUCGGUGCAGCUGGCCAUCAUCAUGAUCGGCAAACAGGCCAUGAACACGUGCAUGGAGAUGGUCAUCCCCUUACUCUGGAAAUGGUACAACAUGCUCACUGUCCCAGAGCAGCAGCGCGAGGCCCACAAUCGUUGGCCACGCUGGGCCAAGGACUUCCGCCUGGUCAACUUUGAUCCCCGAGGGCUCUUUCCCGAGUAUUUGGAGAUGGGUUUAGGCCAUCCGCUCCUCCCCAUGGGGUGCAAACCAAGCUACCUUCACAGGGUGCUGCAGUACGGCUUUGUCACCAUCUUCGUCUCCUCCUUCCCUCUGGCUCCCCUCUUUGCCUUCCUGAAUAAUGUAUUUGAGAUGCGUCUAGAUGCCAAAAAGCUGCUCACGCAUUUUCGACGGCCCAUAUCACAGCGCGUUAAGGACAUCGGCAUCUGGUUCAAGAUCCUGGAUUCCAUCGGAAAGUUGGCAGUCAUAACAAACGCAUUCAUCAUCGCCUUCACAUCCAACUUCAUCCCGGAGCUUGUGUAUCGUCAUGUGGUUUCGGAUCAUAACAGUCUUGAGGGCUUCCUCGACCACUCUCUCGCUUCAUUUAACGUCAAUGACUACCCUGAAAUGUAUCGGCCAAGGUUUCCAAACACAACACAAAUAUGCAGGUACCCGGAGUACCGUAACCCGCCAGGAACCAAAGACCAGUACAAGUAUGCUCCUAUAUUUUGGCACAUCCUGGCCGCGAGGCUUGCCUUUGUCGUCGUGUUUGAGAACGUGGUGUGCGUCAUAAUGAUGUUUAUCAAGUGGAUCAUCCCGGACAUGCCGUUUCGACUACAAGAACAAAUACGUAGAGAGGCCUAUGUCACCAAUGAGCUGAUUGUGGAACAAGAGCUGCGUCGUGCUCGAGGAGAGAAUGACAACACUGCCAGCUCGUCUCCCGUGCGGUCGCCACUCCGCAGGCAGUUCUCUGAACCUGCAAGACCGAAGAAUGGGCAUGACGUCAGGUUUCGUCUCAGUGGGGAAAAAGAGGACUUUGCCUCCAAUGUGUAAGAAAUCGUACAGAAAUCCCAAGUGCCUGUAAUUUAAAACAAGGCUAGAAUGAUAUUAGGAGUAGUUUCAGAAUUGUCUCCAAGUUACGUACUACAAUUGUGAUGUUUCCGCAACAUCAAGAUACAAAUACUGUAUUAUAAACUAGUAAUUACUAGUAUAUAUAUAUAUAUAUAUAUAUAUAUAUAUAUAUA